CUUGUUGAAAUAAAGCUGUUCUCUUUUUUUAAAACAGACAAACUAAAGGAGAAGUCUCAGGGUGUGGUGAAAGUUAUUAAUAAAGCUGUCAAUGCUACACCAAAGGUGACAACAAGCAAUGGAAACAGUGCUUCUAAUAGCAAAAUUAUUAAAGAGAAAGAGGAGAAAGAAAAAAGCGGGAAGGAAAAAGAUAAAGAAAAAAAAGACAAGACUCCAGCUGCCACUCCAGAGAUGAAGGCACUUGGAAAGGAUGGGAAAGAUAAACCAAAGGAAGAACGGGCAAACAAAGAUGAUAAAGCAAGAGAGAUCAAGGAGAAAACACCAAAAUCUGACAAAGAGAAGGAAAAAGUCAAGAAAGAAGAAAAAGCUUCAAAAGAAGAAAAAUCCAAGACGGUUGUUACCAUCGUUGAGUCAAAGUCAACUGCAGAAAAGGAGAGAGAAAAGGAGCCAUCCAGAGAAAGAGAUGUAGCAAAGGAAAUGAAAUCCAAGGAAAAUGCUAAAGGAGGAGAAAAGAUGCCAGUAGCUGGGUCCUUGAAGUCACCUGUUCCCCGAUCAGAAACAUCAGAAUCUGAAAGGGUUAACACACACGCACACGCACGCACACCCACCCACCCCCCGCAUUAG